AUGUUCUGGGAGGCUCCGCAGUCCCACAUCAUCCGCGCGGCCCAGAAGGACACCCUGUACAGGGAGGAGGUCGCGAACGCCCUGAAUGAGGCCGCGUCAGCCGCGUUCGGCCCCAGGUUCUGUCUGGCCAACCGCAGGGAGCUCGUUCUCGCGUCUGACAUCGCGUACUCUGCGCUGACGACCGGAACGGGGCGCCAGACCCUCGGCGAGGAGUACUGCGACCUCCUCCAGGCCGCACACCCGUCCCUCGACCUUCCAGGCCCCUUGCGUCGCGGCGCCCUGGCCAUCCUCGAGGCCGUCGGGCCGUACCUGUGGACGCGCUUCUCAGAGAGCCUCAGGAGAGCUGGCGAGACCGCGUCUCCAGACGUCGCGGACAACGCCGCCGUCAGCACCGCGACGCCGCCGCAGCCCACCGCCGCGUCGCCGGACCCCCCCACCCCCCCCACAAACACAUCCCCGCUCUGGCGCGUCCCGGCGCUGCGGAGCCUCGAGCCCGCGGUCGCCGCGGCGCGGAUCCUCCUCGCCCGGCUCCUCGCCACGCUCGAACCGGUCGUCCUCGCGCCGCUGCUCGCCCUGCGCGCCCGCAUCGCAGCGCACGUGCGCCGCGCCAUCGCCCGCCUCGCGCCGUACGCGCCGGCGAUCCUCGCGGCCGCGCCGGCGCUCGUCGACCUCCACGUCGCGUGGUUCUACCUCUACGGCGGCUUCUACAACCUCGCGCGGCGCCUCACCGGCACGCGGUUGUUGUUUUUCGGCCGCGUCUACGAGCCACUGGUGCACUACCGGCGCCUGGGCUGGAUGGCCGUGGCGCGGCUCGGAAUCCUCGGCGCGCGGUCCGCAUGGCGCACCGUGCGCGCGGCCCGCCGCGCCAUGCGCCGCUCGGCGUCCGUCGGCGCGCUGGCGCGCGCCAGCGCUGGGACUGACAGCGGGAAGGCGCCUGACGUGGUGCCGCGGAGCCGGGCGUCGCUCGACGCGACGGUCGCGGCGCGGCAAGGGGGCGCGGAGGGCCUCGCGGGGGCGUGGGGGCGGUGUCCGCUGUGCCUCGAGGCGCGAUCGGACCCGGCGGUGGCGCCGUGCGGGCACGUGUUUUGCUGGGGGUGUAUUACGGGGUGGUCGCACCGCGGGCGGCCGGAGUGCCCGAUCUGCCGCGCGACGUACCGCCCGCAGGAGCUCGUGUGCAUUCACAGCGCGGCGCCGUAA